UGUGAGGAACUUCUUGUGGAAGCAGGCAGAAGGUAUAGAAUGGCGUUAUCAAUUGACGGGAAUGAUAUGAGAGCCCUAUAUAAUUGGGGUCUUGCUCUCACCUUCCGUGCGCAGUUGAUUGCAGAUAUUGGGCCGGAAGCAGCUUUUGAUGCUGACGAACUGUUCUUGGCUGCAAUCGAUAAGUUCAAUGCCAUGAUGUCAAAGGGAAAUGUUUAUGCACCAAAUGCUCUGCUUCGAUGGGGUGUGGCACUACAGCAAAGAUCCCGCCUACGGCCUAGCAAUGGUAAAGAGAAGGUGAAGUUACUACAGCAGGCAAAGAGGCUGUAUGAAGAUGCACUCAAGAUGGAUUCGAACAAUGUCCACGUGAGAGAAGCCUUAUCAUCGUGUGCGUCGGAGCUUGGCAGUAGGCGACUUUACUCUUAACUAAACCUGAAACAAUACGUUGUUGCAUCGGUUUCUCCAUUUCGUUUUCCAAAUUGUUUCCCUGUAGGCUCUCCAUGCGCGAAAUUAUGCAGACGGUGCUUCUUUGAUGUAUGUGUAUAGAUAAUAAGAAAAAAAGGUGAUGGACAAGUGAAGAUGGAAGAAAGUUUAUCACAUUGGAGAAUUACAUAUGUAAUAGGUUGAUCGUGAGGAUGUUACUUUUUUUUAUGUAAAAUAGUUUGAAGGAGAAUGGUAAAUUUACAAUGAUUAAUCAGGUGGUCGGAUCAA